AAUUUAUAGAAAUGCAAAAGCAUCAAAGAAGUUUCAGUUAUGGAAAUAGAGAACUUAGCUACAAAAAUAUCAAUCAAGAACUAAACAACUCAGUAGAAGGAAUCCGGGUUACAAAGAAAAAAUAAAUUUUUAGCAACAAACCUUUACCAAACUUAUUCUAGCAUUGAGAUUAUUUCUCCUUACCAAAAUGACCCAAAACAGGACUCUAAAAAUCAUCUAAAUUAUUCGUUCUUUCCCUCCUCCAAAUCCAUAAAACAGAAGCGAAAAACAAAAUGAAGACUUUCAAAAAUUCCAAGAAAAACAAAAGUCUGAAAGCGUCAAGUAGAUCUCCCUUCAAAAAGCAUCCUAGGAUCUUCACCAGAGUCGCACAUGGUUUCGGUUCAUCCUAAGUUGUGCUCUCAAGGCAACUUGAGUUUGAAAGCAAAGCUUCGAAUGAAGAAUUAUGCACUGAAGAAACUCAAAACUCUAAAGAAUAAGAUCUACAGGGUUCAAAAGAAAUCAAGGACGUUCUAUUGCUCCAAAUAAGGAAGUCACAGUGUCAAGGAAAGACGAUAAUGAGAACAGGCGUAAUCUUAAAAACCUCUCCAAUAAAUUCAACUUCCUUGCACAAGCCAGCAGUGGCUACUUAGAGGCAUCUCAGGAGUCAAUCUUUGACGAUUGCCACAACAAAACCAUCAAUGGGCAUUCUUCAAGCUUGGCUGAGCUUCAGCCAAGCUUGAAGAUCCACAAGAGAGGUUUUCACAGGACAAGACUCAAACGUCCAUGCCUAAGUAUCCUAGAUAAUGCUACACUUGAAAGGAUCUAUAAGCAUAAACAGAGGCUGGCCAGAGCAAAAUCUGCCAAUCUUGCUAACACUUCACAAAGGACUUAGAAGCCGAGGGUCAGGAGUUUGUGCAUUUUACUCAAUAAACCAAUAAC